ACGGCCGCCCGCCGGUAGGGGCUGACGCCUGCGGGGCCCGAGGAGGCGAUGGCUGCGGAUCUGGUGGUGCUGCUCUGCCUGGCCGCCGCCGCGGCUGCCGUGGAAGAAACUUUAAUGGAUACGCGGACGGCAACGGCCGAGCUGGGCUGGACUGCCAACCCACCUUCAGGGUGGGAAGAAGUCAGUGGCUACGACGAGAACCUCAACACCAUCCGUACGUACCAGGUGUGCAACGUCUUCGAGCCCAACCAGAACAACUGGCUCCUCACCACCUUCAUCAACCGGCGCGGGGCUCACCGCAUCUACACCGAGAUGCGCUUCACCGUGCGGGACUGCAGCAGCCUCCCCAACGUCCCUGGCUCCUGCAAGGAGACCUUCAACCUCUACUACUACGAGACAGACUCUGUCAUUGCCACCAAGAAGUCUGCCUUCUGGACAGAGGCACCCUACCUCAAAGUGGACACCAUCGCUGCUGACGAGAGCUUCUCCCAGGUGGACUUUGGGGGCCGGCUGAUGAAGGUGAACACGGAAGUGAGAAGUUUCGGGCCCCUGACCCGCAAUGGCUUUUACCUGGCUUUCCAGGACUACGGGGCUUGCAUGUCUCUGCUGUCUGUCAGGGUCUUCUUCAAGAAGUGCCCCAGCGUGGUGCAGAACUUCGCCAUCUUCCCGGAGACGAUGACGGGUGCGGAGAGCACCUCUCUGGUGACGGCGCGUGGCACCUGCAUCCCCAACGCCGAGGAGGUGGACGUGCCCAUCAAGCUGUACUGCAACGGCGACGGCGAGUGGAUGGUGCCCAUCGGCCGCUGCACCUGCAAGGCUGGCUACGAGCCCGAGAACAACGUGGCUUGCAAAGCCUGCCCUGCAGGGACGUUCAAGGCCAGCCAGGGCGCGGGGCCGUGCGUGCCGUGCCCCCCGAACAGCCGCUCCACCGCCGAGGCCUCGCCGCUCUGCGCCUGCCGCAACGGCUACUACCGGGCAGACUUCGACCCGCCGGCCGCCGCCUGCACCAGUGUCCCAUCCGGGCCUCGCAACGUCAUCUCCAUCGUCAACGAGACAUCCAUCAUCCUGGAGUGGCACCCGCCGCGGGAGACGGGCGGCCGGGACGACGUCACCUACAACAUCGUCUGCAAGAAGUGCCGCUCGGACCGGCGCGCCUGCUCCCGCUGCGACGACAACGUGGACUUCGUGCCCCGCCAGCUGGGGCUCACCGACACCCGCGUCUUCAUCAGCAACCUCUGGGCUCACACCCCCUACACCUUCGAGAUCCAGGCGGUCAACGGCGUGUCCAGCAAGAGCCCCUUCCCGCAGCAGCACGUCUCCGUCAACAUCACCACCAACCAGGCCGCCCCCUCCACCGUGCCCAUCAUGCACCAGGUGAGUGCCACCAUGAGGAGCAUCACGCUGUCCUGGCCCCAGCCUGAGCAGCCCAAUGGGAUCAUCCUGGACUACGAGAUCCGCUACUACGAGAAGCUGAGCCGCAUCUGCACGCCCGACGUCGGCAGCACCGUGGGCUCCAGGCCGGCCCCGGACCACAACGAGUACAACUCGUCCAUGGCGCGCAGCCAGACCAACACGGCGCGCCUGGAGGGGCUGCGGCCCGGCAUGGUCUACGUGGUGCAGGUGCGCGCCCGCACCGUGGCCGGCUACGGCAAGUACAGCGGCAAGAUGUGCUUCCAGACCCUCACCGACGACGAUUACAAGUCAGAGCUGAGAGAGCAGCUGCCCCUGAUCGCGGGGUCUGCAGCGGCCGGGGUGGUCUUCAUCGUCUCCCUGGUGGCCAUUUCCAUCGUCUGCAGCAGGAAGCGUGCCUACAGCAAGGAGGCGGUGUACAGUGACAAACUCCAGCACUACAGCACCGGCAGAGGGUCUCCAGGGAUGAAGAUCUACAUCGACCCCUUCACCUACGAGGACCCCAAUGAAGCCGUCCGAGAGUUCGCCAAGGAGAUCGAUGUGUCCUUUGUGAAGAUUGAAGAAGUCAUUGGGGCAGGGGAGUUUGGAGAGGUGUAUAAAGGGCGCCUGAAGUUGCCAGGCAAGCGGGAGAUCUACGUGGCUAUCAAGACACUGAAGGCCGGGUACUCGGAGAAGCAGCGCCGCGAUUUCCUGAGCGAGGCCAGCAUCAUGGGCCAGUUCGACCACCCCAACAUCAUUCGCCUGGAAGGGGUGGUCACCAAGAGCCGGCCGGUCAUGAUCAUCACCGAGUUCAUGGAGAACGGGGCCUUGGACUCGUUCCUGCGGCAAAACGAUGGGCAGUUCACAGUGAUCCAGCUGGUGGGAAUGCUCAGAGGGAUUGCUGCUGGGAUGAAGUACCUGGCAGAGAUGAAUUAUGUGCAUCGAGAUCUGGCUGCCAGGAACAUCCUGGUCAACAGCAACCUGGUGUGCAAAGUGUCUGACUUCGGCCUCUCGCGCUACCUGCAGGACGAUACGUCUGACCCCACCUACACCAGCUCCUUGGGGGGCAAGAUCCCUGUCAGGUGGACAGCGCCGGAGGCCAUCGCCUACCGCAAGUUCACCUCGGCCAGCGACGUCUGGAGCUACGGCAUCGUCAUGUGGGAGGUGAUGUCGUUCGGGGAGAGGCCCUACUGGGACAUGUCCAACCAAGAUGUCAUCAACGCCAUCGAGCAGGACUACCGGCUCCCGCCGCCCAUGGACUGCCCGGCCGCCCUGCACCAGCUGAUGCUGGACUGCUGGCAGAAGGACCGCAACACCCGCCCGCGCUUCACCGAGAUCGUCAACACCCUCGACAAAAUGAUCCGCAACCCAGCAAGCCUCAAAACUGUGGCGACCAUCACCGCUGUGCCUUCUCAGCCCCUCCUCGACCGCUCCAUCCCCGACUUCACUGCCUUUACCUCAGUAGACGACUGGCUGAGCGCUGUGAAGAUGAGCCAGUACCGGGACAGCUUCCUGACUGCUGGCUUCACCUCCCUGCAGCUGGUGGCCCAGAUGACAUCCGAAGACCUCCUGAGAAUAGGGGUGACUUUGGCUGGGCACCAGAAGAAGAUCCUGAACAGCGUCCAGUCCAUGCGAGUACAGAUGAGCCAGUCUCCCACCUCGAUGGCAUGACGUCCCUUGUUCGUGGGGAGGGCGCGCAGCGGAGGGCAGAGGUGGGAGGGGAGGAACUGAGGCGGGGCAGCGCUGGGAGAGGAGCCGCCGCUGCCUGGGGACUGCGACUGCAGCCAAAGGAUGUUCCUGGGACUCACCUCUGACUGGUGACUUCGUUCCUCACCAACAGAAGCACACUUACCAAUGUCAUGGGGGACAGCGUAUAAAUACAUAUAAAUAUGUACAAAUCAUAUAUUUAAAAAGCAAAGCAAAAUGAAAAAAACAUAGAAAACAAUGAAGACAAACCAAUGUGCGUUGGGGAAACAAACCCAAACCCUAGAGACCAGACUCCAAUCCCGCCACCAGUGAGCAGUGGUCGAAACUGAGAAGGAGGAAGGGGCUGUUGGGGAAGGGAGAGGCAUGAGAUGGAGCAUCCUGUCCAGAGGAAACACCUUCCUUUUUCUUCUUUUGCCCUUCCUCCCUGCCCCAGCCCUCCUGGCUCACCCUGCUCCCCUCUCUGCUCACGGUCUGGGUGGAAGUGUCCUCAGAUGUCUCUGCAGCUCCCUGUCAUCCCACCCGGGUGCCACUCUGGCAACUACCAAAGGACUUCGCUGACCACUGCAUGGGGGAUCCGACUCAAUCCAGUUAAUGUCUUCAUAUUGAAGAAGAGAUGUACCUUCAAUAGAAAACCUUGGGUUUUGUUUUUUUUUUCUCUUUUGCUUGCAUUUUUUUUGCAAAAAGGAAAAAAAGG